CACCAAUGACGGGUCGCCUGCUGGAAUCUGACGUUUAGUUAUUAUUUAGGAUAUUAUUAGAUACCGUGUUUACGUAAACAUGACGGGAAUUUUACCGAGUUACCAACGAUUUGUUAACGGGGUGCCCGUUCCGUCCAUUUCCAGACGCUCGUUUCGUCUUCGCGAAAAAUAUUUGAUUAUUUCAGUUCUCUUGACAUUUGGUAUCGUGUGGCUAGGUGCACUGUUCUAUUUGCCCGAGUUUAAAAGUUCCACCAGUGUGAACGACAGUGUCUAUAAUGUGUACAAACGCAUACAGAAGGCUGGCCCGGAGCUUCUCAUGCCACCACCUCUCGCUCAAAACGAAGUUGGCGACUUCCCUGUGGUGGGAAUCGCACGACACGGUGAAGGGGGUGACGACCCUCACGUAGUGGAGGACAGGAACCGCUUACAAGCGAAGAUAGACGAGGACAUGGGAAUGAAGGUGUUAGAGAGGCCGCAGUUUGAUGUAGCGCCUUCUGGCUCAUCAUCUCGAGGGCCCAGCAAACCUCCCGUAGAUGCUAUAGAAGAGCCAGCAUUAGGUAAUAAUGCUGCUAACAAGAAUGUAUCGCCAUCGAACCAGAAGGUGGAUAGUUCAGUUCAAAAGUAUGUGAUACCUGCGCUAGAUCCAGGCACAGAUGUAGAUGUCAGGCAUAAAAGGGAUACUGUUAAAGAGAUGAUGCGUCACGCUUGGAACAACUACAAGUUGUACGCGUGGGGCAAGAACGAACUGAAGCCGAUGUCCAAACGGGCACACUUGACCAGCGUGUUCGGCGGCGGAGACCUGGGCGCCACUAUCGUCGACGGCAUGGACACCCUCUACAUCAUGGGCAUGAUGGACGAGUUCCGGGAAGGAAGGGAUUGGAUAGCCGAUCAUUUUCAUAUCAAUGAAAUUGACACGGAUCUGUCAGUGUUUGAAACAACGAUUCGCUUCGUGGGCGGCCUCCUGUCGUGCUACGCGCUGACUGGCGACAUGGUCUUUCGAGACAAGGCUGCAGAGGUGGCCGACGCGCUGCUGCCCGCGUUCGACACGCCCACUGGCAUUCCGUACGCGCUCAUAAACCCAUCCAAUAAGGUAAACCGGCAGUACCACUGGGCGGGCGCGAACAGUAUUCUUUCAGAAGUGGGAACGCUGCACAUGGAGUUCACAUACCUGAGCGAAGUGACGGGAAAUGACAUUUACAGACAGAAGGUGGACCGCAUCCGCGACGUGCUGCACAACAUUCAGAAGCCGGAGGGCCUCUAUCCCAACUACAUCAACCCGCGGACCGGAAUGUGGGGCCAAAGACACACAUCACUCGGUGCACUGGGCGACUCCUUCUAUGAGUAUCUGUUAAAAGCGUGGCUCGUGACGAACAACGAGGACGAGCAAGCUCGGAUGAUGUUCGACGAGGCGAUGCAGCCCGCGCUCGACAAGAUGCUGCGCACUUCGCCCUCGGGCCUCUCCUACCUCGCCGAGGUCAAGUACGGACGAGUUUAUGAGGAGAAAAUGGACCACUUGUCUUGUUUCGCAGGAGGCAUGUUCGCGCUGGCGUCCACAACUCUGCAGAACACGCUGAGUGACAGGUACAUGGACGUGGCCAAGAAGCUCACGCACACCUGCCACGAGGCCUACGCUCGGGCCGAUACCAAGCUGAGUCCAGAAGCUUUCAGGUUCUCGGGUGCCGCGGAGGCGCGCGCGAUGAAGAGCAACGAGAAGAUGUACUUACUACGGCCCGAGACCUUCGAGAGCUACUUCAUCCUCUGGCGCCUCACCAAGGACCAGAAGUACCGCGACUGGGGCUGGGAAGCUGUCCAGGCUCUAGAAAAGCAUUGCCGGGUGGAGGGCGGGUACACGGGACUAGUUAACGUGUACCAUCCCACGCCGCUGGGUGACGACGUGCAGCAGAGCUUCUUCCUCGCUGAGACGCUCAAGUACUUAUACUUGCUGUUCUCGGACGACUCUCUGCUGCCGCUGGAAGAGUGGGUGUUCAACACGGAGGCGCACCCCUUCCCCGUCAAAGACCGCAACCCGCUGUACCGCGCCGCGCCCAAGCCCCCGCUACUGGUGCACGAGGACAACCGCCUCUAAGCAACCAGCUAGCGCUCUGUUGACACAAACGUUUAUGAAGAACAUGUUAUGGAUUAAAUUGAUUGUUUUCCUUACCGUACGACCACAUUACGGUCUUUUAUUCAUGUUUACUGUUCUCGUUCUAAGAGGAAACACAUGUUCUGUACUGCCGUUUUAUUUCUAAAAAGCGGGUA